GAAAAAGCUGAUAAAAGAAACAUCAAAAAUCAUUGGCCGGUGAAAUUUGUUCAAGAAACUACAAAUAAAUUAUAAUAAAGUUAUUUGUUUAUUACAAAAAAAAUGGCCAACAAAAAGGGUAAUAAUGGUGGUGGACGCACACAACAACAGAUAAAUGAUUCCAAAGACUACAGUGCAUUCAAAGUGGUGUUUUUCUAUUGUUCGCUAAUCGUAUUCCUGCCUGUAGCAACAUUUUUCUUGCUUAAAUCUACUGUGCUGGAACGCUUUUUCACCUUGUCUGAGAUUAGCACCAAUAUUUAUUCGGCAGUGGGUGCAGUUGUGGCCUUACAUUUAGCACUUGGCUUGUACAUAUAUAGAGCAUAUUUUGGUGGCAGUCAGCAAGCGGCGGAAUCAUACAAAAAAGUCGAUUAAUGACAAAACAUGUAAGCGUAAUUAAAAGUGAUCGAUCAAUAAGGUAUGGUGUAAGCUGUGGAAUCUACGCCGAUGAACAUGUGACUCCAUUUGGGUAUUACAAUAAGUAUACUUUAAACGUAAAUGCACAGAUAGACAUUUUUAUAACAAAUAUUAUAAGGAUUUCCCUACAUUCAUGUACGCUUGUUUUAAAUUUGUGGAAUUUGGUAGAAAUAAAUUGUUUAAAACUACGUACAUUUCAAAUAAAAACAUGUUAUGUAUGAACAUAAAUGUAUAAUAAAAAUAGUUGUAAAUAAUUAAAGAUUUUUAAAAAACCAUAAAUACUGAAAA